AGAGACACAGAGUCUUGCUCAAACUUGGCUCAGUCUUCACACACUGUUGCAUCUCGAGUGUUUGGUUUAUUGGGUCCGAAGCCGACGAUGAGGGCCGUUGCGGUACUGAGUGUGUUACUGACCGUUGUGUGUCAGGUGAAGUCGAGCGAUCUGAACCCAUGGAGACUCAGGAGCGCUGGUCCACUGGUCAGGGUGAAGAGAGACUGGGUCAUCCCACCCAUCCGAGUAUUAGAAAACGGCAAACAUCUCCCUGAAGAUCUGGUCCAGAUUAAAUCAGACAAGGUUUUCACCGGAGAGGUGAUAUACAAGCUGGAGGGACCCGGCGUUGACCAGGAUCCCAAAGGCCUCUUUGAAAUUGAUGAUAAAACAGGAUGGAUCAAGAGCAAAGUGCCCCUGGACAGGGAAAAACACAAGAGUUUCAAGCUCAAAGCCUUUGCUCUCUCACCAAGCGGAGAGCGACUGGAAAGUCCCACAACCAUUGAGAUCUACGUUCUGGAUCAGAACGACCACCGGCCCGAAUUCACCCAGAAAGAGUUCAUCGGCACCAUCCCUGAGUUCUCGGUUCCAGGAACGUCAGUGAUGCAGGUUACAGCCCAAGAUGCGGACGAUCCACUGACGGAGAACGCAGCUCUGAGCUUCUCCAUCACCGAGCAAGAGAGUAUCCCUCCUCACAGCGUCAACAAGACCAUGUUCGGCAUUAACAACACGACUGGAGUCAUCUACAUACGAGAUGUGGGACUCGACAGAGAUGUGGUGCAGUCCUUCAGGCUUCGUCUGCAGGUCGCUGAUAUGUCAGGAAUGGGUCUAUCCUCCGCUGGUCGAGCCAUCAUUCACAUCGCUGACAUUAACAACCACGCUCCCAGAUUCCAGCCCACCGUGUACUACAUGAAUGCAAUGGAGAACAAGCUUCUGCCGGAGGUGGGCCGGGUCAACGCCACAGAUAAAGACCAGAGAGGGGGAGAGAACUGGAGGAUCAAGUACACCAUCGUAAAGGGAAAUACUUUAGGAAACUUUGCCAUCCGCACAGACCCAGUCUCCAACCAAGGCAUCAUUUCUGUGGUUAAGCCGCUGGAUUACGAGUCUCAGGCUGAAUAUGAGCUGGUUGUAACAGCAGAGAAUGAAGUCGGGCUUAAAGCCCCGUACGAACAGACACACAGCGCGACGGUCACCGUCAGAGUGAUGAAUGAAAAUGAGGCCCCGAUCUUCUACAAAAACCCCAUUAAAAUCACUGUCCCGGAGUCAGUUGCUCCCGGUACGGUGCUGGUCUCGGAUAUCGCUCAUGAUCCGGAUAAUGCCAAGCUGAGGUUUGAGCUCCUCCAGGAUCCUGAGCGCUGGUUGGCUAUUGACCGUGAGACUGGGCAGAUCACGACCAGAACAACCUUCGACAUCAGAUCUCCUCGCGUCAGGAACAACAUCUACUCCGCCGUCGUGAAGGUCACGGAUCAGGACGCCGAUGGCAUCUCUGCGACCGCGACCCUGGAGGUCAGUCUGUGGGAGACCAAUGAUUACCCACCGGAGCUGAGGCCGGCGAGCGGGCCGCUGUGCAGCGACUGGGACAGGGAUCGACUCGGCCUGAUGAUCAGCGCCGUGGACCAGGACAUGUCUCCUCAAGCUGACCCCUUCACCUUUCACAUCCCUGACCAGAACACAGCCGCCAACUGGACCAUCAUCACUCUCAAUGAGACCCAUGCGGUUCUCCAGCCGCUGAUAGACAUAGAGAGGGGGGACUUCUCUAUUCCUGUGGCCGUUUCGGACUCGGGCUCGCCGUCUCUCUUCUCCAGUGCGCUGGUCAACGUGACCGUGUGUCCCUGUGACAGUUUCGGGGACUGCAAGAGCGUCACCGCGGCCAUCUUUGGAGCCAAAGUGGGAAUAAGCUUCAUUGCCCUUAUGAUUAUUAUGGGAAGCGUCGCUUUUCUCUUGUUCCUGCUGGCGCUCGCUGUGGCGCUGAGGGGUUGCACGAGGCAGAACAUGGGCAAGCGAGGGAGUUUGCUGGUCGGAGCGUCUGACGAGGACAUCCGAGACAACGUCUUCCAUUAUGACGAGCAGGGGGGCGGAGAAGAGGACGAGGACGCAUUUAAUAUCGAUUUUCUGAGGAACCCAAGUGACACGGUCCCUGUGCCAGCCUCAUUUUUCCCUCAAGACUGUGGCCUUCCCAGAGGAAAACAACCUCUGAGAAAAGAUGCCCCCCAUAACCUGCCUUCUCCUACAUAUCCACGCAAAGCCCCCGGAGACCCGACCGACAUCGAAGACUUCAUCAAUGUUGGCCUGGACGCCGCCGACACGGACCCGAACGUCCCGCCGUACGACACAGCGCUGAUCUACGACUACGAGGGCGACGGCUCGGUCUCGGGAAGCCUCAGCUCCAUCGCCUCCAUGGGCUCAGAUGAAGACCAGGACUACGACUACCUCAACGACUGGGGGCCUCGCUUUAAAAAACUGGCUCACAUGUACGACCCACGAUAGACGGCGCACGGAUUCUGCCGUUCAAGACGUCCAGAUACUCUCAAACAUCUCAAAGGGGAGGUUUACAGAAUUGAUAAAUGGACUAUAUAUUCCCCAGUGAUAUGAUUUAGCUAAAGGUCAUCAGUGUCAGAGGAGAGAGAAGGUCAUGGAUCAGGGAAGUAUUUCAACAUGAUGCGACAGGUGUUGUGAAAGCACCAACUGUGGAGAGAGGAACCAAACCGAUUAGACAUGGUGCACACAGGGAUGCCUUGUUCAUAAAACGUUUGUCAAGUUCUUGGGGGAUUAUUUUAGCUGAUGACCAAUACUGAGGUUUGCUGAGCAUGUGUAAAUGGACAGAACGAAGCACCCCAAAAUGAAACCGAUACGCUUACUCACUCAUAACUGGCAUUCUAAACCCAUAUGACUGUCAUGGAACACAAAAGGAGUUUUUUUUAUUAUAUUUUGUUGAAUUUCAGAGCUGCUCUUUUGUAUAUGCUCUUUUUUUUAAUGUACACAUACAUGCAUGCUUCCAUUAAAUCACCAUUUUCAAAAUCAUAAUAAAACUAACUAGUAGAGCCAGACCGAUAUUAUCGGCCGAUAUUAGGCAUUUUGCAAAAUUA